GGACGCGGAGGAAGAAAUAGCCAAUCGCAGAGGCCGGUACACGACGGCGGCGGCGGCGGCGUGCGUGGACUGUGCUGCAACGUGCCCACUUCACUUUCUCACACUUCUCCGACUACACACUCGUCGCUCUGUCUCUCAAAUAUAGAACUGGUUGUUAUCUGCUGCUGUAUCCUGUUGUAAGAUAAGUUAGCAGAGUUUAUAUUAUAAUGUCCGCCCAAAAAAUGAGCAUUAUAAAGACCCGGUUUUUGGCUUCGGAUACCCUGCCCCCUUCUCCAUCAACUACAGCACCAACAAACCCCUGUGGCCUUUACUCGCUUGUGCUAACGUUGCCAAAGAAGAAGACGAACUCAACAAGUGAAACAUUGCAAGGAGAUCGUUUCGUUGAAGGGCAUGAUGCCGUGUGCCAUAACUGCGGCACUCGAUCACGGGACCUGCACUUCUGCGAUCACUGCAAGUUCAAAAUUUCGCCUGCCGUCGGGCCAGACUCCGACACAGAUGAUGAACCAAUGGUGACGAAGGUCCGACCACCAGGAAUGCAAAAAAUGCGAAUUGUUUUGACCGAAUCGUUCUUUCUCCCUGAACCCGCACUUCAUAGUGUAGAAGACGACUACGCGAAACUAAUUAACGAAAUUCAAGAAUUCAAUGCAUCCGCAAAGGAGACAGUGGUCAAAGUUGAAUGCUGUGAGAGUUGGCGGCUACAAAUGUUCCUCGCCCUGUGUCGUGUAUGAAGUCCUCUUUUCAGAGAAAGGAAUCGUCUUCACCUUACCACACGCUCAAAUUAAGCACACGAUGACGAUGAUAACAUGCGUCGUACCUAUGGACACUAUACUGACAGUUGAUGGCCAUUUCAAGAAGAAUUUCGCUGUCCUAUUUGUUAAGACCGAAGAAGAAGUUGCUAGUAGCCUGCGAAAAUCACUGGGAUUUAGCGAAGAUCCGAAAGGCCCGGGAUACUAUUAUGGACCACAGAAUGGAGCCGGGUGCCAGAAACGGAUCGUCUUUCUCUUUACGGACAUAACAGAACAAGCAUCUGGAAAAAUUGUCAACAUGUUUGGAAGCUCGCUUUCUGAAAUUGAUGAUUCGAAAGCAAAUAGAAUGUUUUGAGAUAAAAGACAAUGAGUCGUGGGUUUUUAUUAGCAUAAGUAAAGUUUAAUAAAGCUAGCUGAUACGCUUAUUAUGAUACCAGAUGUUAAGUACUAUGAAUUUUAGUUAUAGUAUAGAAUAGUUUAAAACUUAAGAGAAUUGGCUCUUAAUAAGUUUGCUUAUAAGUUAUUUUAUAUAGGUAGUAAAGUAGUAACCUCUAGUUAUUGUUAUUUAAUUAUUUAAAGUAAGUUAUUUCUGUUUGUAAGCUCACGAAAAUAGGCUAGUGUGCUAUGCUAAUUUUUACUAAAUUGUGCAUUCCCUAGUACUAGUAAAUGAGGGUAAUAAAGGCUAUUAUUAUUAUUAACUUCA